AACACCCUGGUGAGGACACUAAGACGACAAGGUUUUGUGUCCAGGGAUGCCCAGUCAUCCUACAAAGCUGAUUUCUGAAAAGGAGGGGACAGAUGCAUAACUGCUUCCCCAGUGGUGACCUGGGUCUGGGAUCUCAGACCAGAUGAUCUUGAGGGUCCCUUCUGAGUAAGAUUCUAGGUUGUAUUUAUCUUGGUUUAAAACAUUAGGAGUUUUGAGAGUGUCUUGGCCAGUUUCCUUUCUGGAAUUGUGGUGUGAUAUAAUCAAGACACUUACCUGCCUCUUUAAGUCUAUUGGUUGGUUGGUUCAGGUGUGGGUAAAGUGGCCGGUUUGGGGAACAACAAUGUUGUUUACAUUCUUUCUUUCUGAAAAGUCAGGAGCAACCGGCAAGAAAUGAAAGUGAAAUCAGGGGAUAGUGUCAUCAGUCAGCACAAAUGUGACAAAGUUCAGAAAGCUGUUUACUUAGGCACAACUGCGCCUUCCAGCCGGUCACAAGCUCGGGGCUUAUGCUCGGGGCUGCAUCGUCCCCGUCUCCACCGGCCUCGUUUCUGGAACCUGACAUUAGGAGGCAGCGAGAGAGAAGAAUCAAGCUAACCUGAUUUCCUGCUCCUCCUCUUUAUGAGUGUUUUGUGGGUUCUGCAUCUUCUUUUUGCCCAAGUGUAACAGGCUUGAAAUAGGAGAAGUAAGAGGAAGCAUUUACACAAAGGCACCCCAAUUCCCAACCUGGACCAUGGAGGUACCCAGGGAGGCGCCCUGCAAAGCGCAGGAGAAGAUGCCCGUCCUAAGGUCAAGGCGGAGGAACCAGCUGCGGUUCCUGGGAAUCAUGACGCUCACAGUCACAGCGAUCUUCCUGCUGUUCUUUGCUCUCCUCUGGAAGGCCGGCAACCUCAUCGACUUGCCCAACCUCAGAAUUGGCUUCUACAACUUCUGUCUCUGGAACGAGGGCACUGGGGCCCUACAGUGUCACCAGUUCCCUGAGCUGGAGGCCCUGGGGGUGCCUCGAGUUGGCCUGGCCCUGGCCAGGCUUGGCGUGUACGGGGCCCUGGUCCUCACCCUCUUCGUCCCCCUGCCUCUCCUCCUGGCCUGGUGCAACAGUAACGAGGGAGAGUGGCAGCUGGCCGUGGGCUUCCUGGCCACGUCCUCCAUGCUGCUGGCCAGCGGCCUGGGCCUCUUCCUCACCUACACAUGGAAGUGGCUCCGGCCCUCCCUCCUGGGGCCUGGGUUUCUAGCUCUGGGUGCUGCCCAGGCCUUACUCAUCCUCUUGCUUAUGGCCACAGUCGUGUUCCCUCAGAGGGCAAAGGACAAGAACUUGAGAGCUGCUAGCUCUGUCUAAAGGCUUACGUGACUGCAAGGGUUCUGUUUGAACUAUGCUCAGAGAAGGUGCCAGAGAAUUCACGGGCUGCUGUGUCUUCUCAGCCAUCCUGUUUCAUAGCUAAUGCUGAUCUCAAGCUCUAGCAGACAGGACCCACCGCGGAGGGGGUAGGGCACCCGACGUCAAGGACAAGAGGCAGCAAGGGCGGCCAGGGCUCCCUCAGCUUCUUAGUGUAGGGUUGUGUGUCCUUUGGGACUUGUAAGGUUCCCAAAGACACCCUAAAACCACACAGCUCAUUGUCACAAGAAUUCCUGCUUUAAUUAACUGAUCUGAGCAAGCCAUUCUUACUUUAUCCUCAGAACAAUGGGGAAAUAAGGCUUCCUGUCAUGGGGCCAGAUUUCCAGGACAAGUUGCCAAAUGCCAGACUGGAACCCAGUGAGGGUCUAUGAAGAAACACCUCAGGGGCCCUGGGGGCCCUGCCUGGCCAGCUCCCCACCUCCACCCAAGGCGGGGAGAAUGCGACGAGCCCCUCACCUCUGACAAUGCUCCCAAAGGCCCAGGAAUAACCUGAGGGAUUCACCGAAGACAGAACACAUGGGCAUGAAGAGCAGCCCUGGUGGCUUUGAAGGUUCCCCUGAAAAGGCUCCCGGACCUGAAGCCCGACAAAGCAGGGGGUCAGCGGGCAGAUCACUCCCAGCACGUGACCUGGGAGUCCAGGAGCCGAAGACGCUGGGUCCCUGGUCAGGAGAGGAAGGUGCACAGGACUGACCGGUUCCACAUCCACAUGAAUGCCGCAUCCCCUCACCUCUCACCCCGGGCCCAGAAAGGAUACAAGCACAACUCACGCACUGGGGAACCGUGUGUAUUUUUCAGCACCUGUAUAUUGAAAACCUGUACAGCACGUGAUUGCCUCAUCCUAUGCCUGUCAAAAGCCACACUGAAUACAGAAGCAGAAACACGGA